AUGCCGAUAGCCAGUGAGAGCACCACCCUCAACUCCGUCACCACCACCAUGACCACCUUCUCCGCUCCGGUCACCGCGCCCAAGUCGAUGCCCAACAACCAGUCUGCGUUGGCGGCGUCCUUUACAAACUUCCUUACCGUUUCAAUCCACCAGAUUCUCUUCCUGCGUUCGGUUUAUCCGCGAGCAACCUUUUUGCCGGUCCGGGCGUACAAUUACCCCGUCCGACAGUCUCGUCACCCCAAAGUGUGUGACUAUAUCAAUGAUGCGUCGAUUGCAGUCGGGACGGAGAUCUUGAAAGGCACAAUCACCGCUGUCAGUAUCAUCAUUUCAUCUCUCCGCACAAACCAGCCCCUCGAACGAUAUGCCUUUGAUCUGUCCGGGUUUCCUCGUGUUGCUGCCGGAGAUAUCAACACCACUUUUGAAGACAGAAAAGAAGAUUCACCCAAGCCAGGUGUCUCCAUUACUGACCGGGGUUCCGCGCCGACAACCGUCGACCUGGAGGCGCAGUUCCGUGCCUGUCUUGCAAGGCUGGCCUCGGCUUGCGCUCGGUUGACCCCUCUGCCUCGCGAUGACGAGUUCAGCUUUACCGUCUGUAUCGAAGUCCGGGAAGACGCGUUACCUCCCGCCGGUACCACGAAGGAAGAACAGACGUGGAUCGUGGCCGAACCCGGAAAGAUCCAUCUGCGAUCGUGCAGCGCACCUUAUUCCGUCUCCAAGUUGAAGAAUGGCGAGCUACACCCACUGCCGCCCAAGGUUCCCAACGGUCGUGCCAAAACGGUGCCGGUGCGGCGUGUAGAAGCUGGGGAGCUUCGUUUGGAACUAUGGGUGGAAGAGGCACGGCAGAAGUUCAAUGAACCCGUGGAUUCCGAGCAUCCUCCAUGA